UGUGUGCCUCAUUGUAAAAUAAAAAAAACGAAAAUCUAUUUAUCUCUGUCCUGAAACACUUCAGUUUUCCUUCUUGUGGUUUUCCUUCUUGCUGCCGUUCCCUUGAGAAUACCGCAGCAGGUCUCAGCCCGCUAGGCUAGGGUCUUUACAUAUUUGUCAAACAUUAUUCCAAUCGCCGAUGAGCUGCAGAGCCUCCCGUCAAGACCGAUCAACUCUGUCAGGUGGGACCAGGUUUGCAUGCGGUCCUUCGGGGACUGUCCGGUAGGGACAAGGUGAGAUAGGGAAAACCGAUGUCGCCGAUGGAGUAUUUGGGAGAAACAGUCGUGACGUAACAAAUUGCAGCAAUAGCUCAUGCCAGGAUUGAGAGAGGAACGGGACAGCUUUCCGAGAGUAUACUGCAGAUCUGGGGAGGGAGGGACACCAGACGAGAGAGAGAGAGACAAAAAAAGUAACAGGGAGUGGGAGGGAGUGCGAGGGAAAGGAAGCACGGAGCGGGAUAGAGUGCAAAACGGAGGACGAGGAGGAGAAGAAAGGAAACAUUAAAAGCUCACUCAUUCUAAGCGAUUGGAAAAACACCAGCCACAGGGAUGUAGGCGACGCGGGCAGAGCUCUGCCUAUCCGAGCUCGAUAUAAUGAAGAAACAUUCGGCCAGGGUCGCCCCGCUCUCCGCCUGCAACAGCCCAGUGCUCACCUUGACCAAAGUAGAAGGAGAGGACCGGCCGAGGGAGAAUGUGGUGGGCAUAGCGGACGGACAGGCCUCGGUGGGCGGGGCACCCGUGGAGGGUGGGGCCAAGAGGCGGAGACUGCAGUGCUGCGUGAAGGUGACGGAACUGCAGGUGCGCAAGGCCCUGUGGGGCAUCGCCAUGGUGAUGUGCGUGUGCUCGUCCUGGGCCGGCUCCACCCAGCUGGCCAAGCUCACGUUCAAGCAGUUCGACGCGCCCUUCACACUCACGUGGUUCGCCACCACAUGGAACUGCCUCUUCUUCCCCAUCUACUACGUGGGCCACAUGUGCAAGAACCCAGAGAGGCAGACGCCCAAGCAGAGGUUCAGGGAAUGUUGUCGGUUUUUCGGUGACGAUGGGUUGACGGCCAAGGUCUUCUUCACCAAGGUGGCUCCCUUCGGCCUCCUGUGGACCCUCACCAACUACCUGUACCUGCAGGCACUGCGGAAGAUCAACACCACCGACGUGUCAGCCCUCUUCUGCUGUAACAAGGCCUUCGUCUUCCUGCUCUCCUGGAUAGUGCUGAGGGACCGCUUCAUGGGAGUACGGAUUGUGGCAGCCAUUUUGGCCAUCGCAGGGAUUGUGAUGAUGACGUACGCCGACGGCUUUCACAGUCACUCCGUCAUCGGGAUCACGUUUGUGGUCGCCUCUGCAUCAAUGUCAGCCCUUUACAAGGUGCUCUUUAAGCUGGUCCUGGGAAGCGCCAAGUUUGGUGAGGCAGCGCUGUUCCUGAGCAUCGUUGGUGGAGCCAACUUCGUCUUCAUCAGCUUUGUGCCCGUCAUCCUCUAUUUCACGCACGUGGAGUACUUUGGCUCCCCCAGUGACAUACCCUGGGCAUACGUGUGUGGGGUGUCGGCUCUGCUUUUGGCUUUCAACAUCCUGGUGAAUUUUGGUAUUGCAAUCACAUACCCAACAUUGAUUUCUCUUGGUAUUGUCCUCAGUGUCCCUGUCAAUGCAAUGGUGGACCUGUACACAUGUGACAUCCAGUUCAACACAGUGCGCCUCAUCGCCGUCUUCAUCAUCUGCCUGGGCUUCCUCAUGCUCCUGCUGCCGGAGGACUGGGACCAGUGCCUAAUCCAGCUCAGCACCAAGCUGCGCAAGCGCGACGAGCCAGCAGAGGGCGCUGCCGAGGCCGGCAACAGCUCAGGUCUCACCUGGAGCCAGAGGAACAGGACGUCCAUGGCCACGUUUACUCACUGACCCUGCAACACCACCCCCCCACACACAAACACACACACACCGU